CAACUUCACAGCCGUUCACCACCUCCUUCUUCCCUUCCUCCCUUUCUUCCGCGGACGUUGCCGCCGCCGCAUCUCCCUCUUCCUCUCCCAUGCCCACCGCCACCCCUGACCUCCACCGCGCCGGCUGUCCUCACCGCCCUGCCGCGCCUGCUGUCCCCGCCAUCAUGAUCGAGAUCUACGCCGCCGCAUGGCUCCGCGACGUCCAGAUCGGCUCCAUCCGCGUUCUCAUCAGCAACGUCCUGAUCGACGUCCAGAUCGUCCCGCUCCAGAUCCGCCGCCCCUCUGGUCGGCCGCAAGGGAUCCUCAACAUGGGUGUGCAGCUCCUCGACAACACCAUGCGCUCCAUGCCGCUCUACACCGAGCUCUCUGCCUCCGGCGGCUUCAACAACCUCCUCGACGCCAAGACCACCGCCGGGGGUGCAAAAAAUCUCGAGGAGAAGACCGCCAAUGCUAGUGGUACCAAUUCCUAUUGGUACGCUACCACUACUCACUGGUACGUACCAGUGGCUCCCCUACCACUAUCAUCUGGUACCAAUUUCUUCUGGUACCGCUACCAGUGCUAGUGGUACGAUACAAUAUGGUAGUGGUAGCGCUAUACUGGUAGCGUACCACUAGUACUGGUACAUUUUUUAACGCACUGGUAGCGUACCACUAGUACUGGUACAUUUUUUAACGCACAGGUAUAUUAAUUACUAGUAGACUAAUGGAUUGGUACACUUUUUAACGCACUGGUACAUUUUUCAGAUUGUCGGAGGGAGUCUGCCGGAGAGAAUUCGCCGGAGAAAAAGUUUGUCCGUCAAUGCAGAGUGGCCGCUGGAGAAAGGAAGAGAGAGAGAGAUAGAGAUAUUAAUGUAUAGGGAUUUAAUUAAAAAAAAUUAUAUUUAAUAUGGGUUUUUAAUUCCCAAGAUAAUUAAUACAAAAAAGGUAAUUAAUAUAUUCCUUUUUUUCAUACCCAAAAUACCCUUGGUUGUGAAUCUGACAACCCCCCUUAGGGGUUGUCACCGUAUCCCGUCCCUAGUCUUUAUCUUUAUACUUUGAUUAAUCACAUGUGUAAUAAAUUUUUUGAUGAAUUGAAAUGUGUAGUAAAUGUGAAGCUGAAUUAACUUUCUUGAUUCCGAGUAGUGUAAAACAAGUAAAUAUAUUGAUACCACAUAAAAUUAGUUUGAGAACGUUUAUGCAAUUUGUCAGAACAGAAGCGUGCAAUCGAUAAUCCAAACCAACACGAACGAACACAAAUUUAACGUGGUUCACUAACACAAUGUGUGCUAGCUAAUCCACAUGCAGGGGGGACAAAUUUCACUAAUUUGAGGAGAGUACAGGUUACAAACCAAAUUCCAAACGGACAAACCAAACAAACUAACCUGACUGACCUUACUACAGACUAGGGUAAUAAAGAGUAUUUAUAGAACUCUUCUCCUAAUCCAAAACAGAAAAACAAACACCUUUUUCCCAAACAUACAAGGAAAAGGUCAAAACAAAACCCAAACACAAACCCAAACAGAAUAGGCCUAAAACACAAAACAAACCCAAAUCAAAUUCAAGUCAUAUUCUAACAAUCUCCACCUUGACUUGAAUUCUCUCUCAAAUACCAAAUGUACCAGACGCAACCAAAGUUUCCAGAUGUACCAAACGCAACCAAAGUUGCCAGAUGUACCCAGACGCGAUACAUAUCGCCAGACGUAUCCAAAUGCGAUCGAAACCGCCAAACUCAAACGCAAUCAAGAUUGCCAGACAUAUCCAAAUGCGAUUCAUAUCGCCAGACCAAACGCGAUGCAAAUCGCCAAACUCAAAUGCAAUCAAGAUUGCCAGACAUACCAAACUCCUCCAAAUCAGCUGUACCAGAAUCUCCCCUGCCUCCAGAUGCCCCUAAGGGCCGUCAACAACUCAAACCAUUCGGCAAGUCCAAUCCAUAUUGAGACUUGCCAUUCAGAACCAGCUUGGUGUUAUUUCUGUCCAUAACACCAACAUCAAAUUUACUGCUAACUCCAAACAUGCAACUCCAAACUGACUUCUCAAUCUUCAAAUCCAGAACAAACAUCCUUGGUGAUCGAAAACCCUAAUCACCACCAAGGGCAACAAACAGAAUUCUCCCCACCGCAAACCAAAAUUGGAGAACACCAGAAGCGAUUCUUCCGACAACCCAAAUCGAACACUAUCUCCUGAUACCGCAGCAGUCACCAAAAUCCCUAGCCAAUUGCCCAGCCGAUCAACCAGGCUCUGAUACCACUUGUCAGAACAGAAGCGUGCAAUCGAUAAUCCAAACCAACACGAACGAACACAAAUUUAACGUGGUUCACUAACACAAUGUGUGCUAGCUAAUCCACGGGCAAGGGGGACAAAUUUCACUAAUUUGAGGAGAGUACAGGUUACAAACCAAAUUCUAAAUGGACAAACCAAACAAACUAACCUGACUGACCUUACUACAGACUAGGGUAAUAAAGAGUAUUUAUAGAA